AUGACAGUCGCCUUGAAUGUUUCAAAAUUCAAGCCAGAUGAACUGAAAGUGAACAUCGAUGGCCGAAUCCUCACCGUAGAGGGUAAACAAAAGUCAUUCCUACGCGCCAAUGGUUCUGCCCAGCAAUUGUCGACGUUGAGCAGGUAUAGCAUGCCAUCCUCAGCGAGCGACGUCAAGUGCCUGCCCAUCGUAGUUUACCAAAGCCCAAACCGACCAUCAACUCUAGGAAUAUCCCUAUCUCAAAGGCAACCAACAACUCUUGAGACGGCUUGA